AACACCUUAAAAAUGUAACACGUGUCAGACAACAAAUUCACCGCCAAAUCUCUCUCUCUCAUCGGAUCUUAUCUGUAUCUCAUCGGUGAAAACAGGAACGAUCGGAGAGCUCGAGCUCGAUCUCGAUCGUUACAGAUAAUUUUUUUGUUCUAGGGUUUCGAUCAAUCGCAACCAUGGGCGGCGGCGGAGCCAUGAAAGCUGCAGCGAAGGUGGCCGGAAUCACCGUCGUGAACGGCGGUCUUCGUGGCGUCCCGUCGGUAUCUCCGGUGGAACAUCAAGUCGCCUCAGCCACUCAUAGAGCCAGUCGUCCCGUCUCGUCUAUCGUUGCUUCUACCGAAGAGGUGAAUCGGAGCGUCUUGGCAGCUGCUCAGAACAAUCCGAUCGACGCUGCGUCGCAGAGGCCGUGUUGGGAGCUCGACGACUGGGAGUUUGCCGACGGAGUCGCAGAGACGAUCGUGAAUUCCGGUGAGCCAAUGCCGAGACUUGUAUUUGGUGGUGUGCCGACUCUUGAGGAAGCCAAAGAAGCCACUUCUGAACUUAAAGAGGCUCUUGACAAGGUAUAUCUGUCCUCACCUAAUUCUAAUGGUUUUGGUCAUGAGUCUGAUUUGCCACUGCUUUCGAACCCCAAAUACCCGGAGACUAAAGCUUGCGUUGCCAGUGAGGCCACAACAUUGUCGGUGCCAAAAAAUGCUCUUAAAGCAUUUAGGCUUCUCAAUGAAAAUCCUGUAGCUCAGUCUGUUGUUGUUUCAAUUGCUAGUGACCCAAAUGUAUGGCAUGCUGUAUUGCAAAACGAGGCGCUUGUGGAUUUUCUCCAGUCACAUAAGAGCAGUCCAGUCAUGGAAGAAUAUGUUGCAGAUGCAAAAUUUAUGGAUAAUCAAUCUGCAAAGAGCGUUGAUGAUUCUUCUGAUUCAGGGCAAUUUGCAGAUUCUGGAAAUGGGUUUAUGGGUUUUGUGCAGGGUAUAAAGACUACAGUGGUUGAGAUGAUGAGCAGCUUAUCUGAUUAUUUUCAGAAUCUUUUUGGAGGUCCAACACCUGAAAAAGUAUCUACGGAAGCUGAUGGAAGUGCCAGAACAUGCUUUGUGGAUGGAGGAGUUGUGGGGGCGUCUUUAAUAGGAUUGGCCGUCAUGGUUAUGAUGGUGGUGGUGCUGAAGCGAGGUUAGGCAUCAUUUGUUGGUAACCCAUCCAUGAAUUUGCCGAAGCUACAAAAACCUCUAAUAUUUUUCAAUUUCUUGUUUGAAUGCACGGAUUUAUUACUGGAUUGUUGGUGAAUAAUGUACAAAUGGAACUGUCUUUCUUAUUGGAUUGAUAAUGUAGCCAGAUUGUGAGAAAUUUUUAUUAAGUUUCUAUGCGCUGCUUAUGGACCGCG